AGAGAGAGGGAGGGAGGUCUUCUCAGCGGGCCAGGAAGCCAUUCCCUGAGGCGUCGUCAUGGCGACGGGACGCGGCUGGAUUUUGAGGCAACACCGCCUUGGGCCUCCAGGACCCCCCCAGGCUGUGCCUCGCGUUGAGGGGGGUCCUGCUAUGGGGGACACCUUGGCUCCAGACAGUGCUUCAUCAAAACAGUCUGCUGCUUUGGCUGUACAACUCUCUAGAAUCAAAAGGAUGCACAUUCGAGGACAAGGUAGCAAGUCAAGUUCAGUAGUCAACUUUGACAGAAUGCCUCCAGAGAUAUUGUUGAAGAUAUUCUCCUAUCUGGAUGUUGAGUCUUUGCUGUGUGUUGGCUGUGUGAAGAAAGAGUUUUACCAUCUGUCCAAUGACAAUGCCAUUUGGUUCAAAAUAUACUCUGAGUCAUUGCUACCAACAAGGAAAAAGUGGACAAUCAAAUCUGUUGAUGAAUCAGCUGCUGAGGAACCAGUAACCUGUCUAAACCUUCCAGAGUUCCAGAACAGAGAGUCAGGAUAUUGGAAGAAGGAAUAUAUUGCGAAAAAAAUAGCUGCUGGCAGAGCAGAUAUAAUUCGACUUCUGAAACCAAUAAAUACCUAUACUGGGCUUCCACUUAAAACAAAACAAGCUGUCAGGGUCUCUGGUUUGAGAUGGGUGAUCAUACUCAAAGACAGACAUGGGAAGGAGUAUGUAAUGGAUCAGGCAGACGUUUCAUUUAAUGAGACUUCUGUUAUUUUAUCUUGGUGUUGUGCACACUGGCCUUGUUUAGAAACAUUGUCAAGUUUGCAGUUAUGUGGCGUGACCCCAGUGCUUCUGAGUAAAAGUAAAGUUCAUCUUAAGAAUGGACCUUGGCGACGUUCCUUAAUUUGUGAAUAUGAGCUGGGUAAUUUGACUGAAGAGGCAGAGGUGAUUGGUUCUGAUGCACUUGUUGUUCUUUACCGUCUUGACCAAGGACUUCUUUUGGGAGUGUGGAAAAAAGGUGGCAUUGCUUUUGUUAUGACAAGCCUCCAUUACCACCAGCUCAUUGAAAGAAGCAUCCUUGGCAGCGCUACAAUGAGACAUACUGAAGUCCCAAAUAAAGCUAUCUUGGAUGACAUUGAUCCAGAAUAUGGCAUGCAUGGCUAUCAACUGCAUAUUGAAUUACACAGCAGAGGAAAUACUUAUAUGUGUUACACUUUCCGUGGUUUGUUUUGUAGAAGAGAUUAUAUUAAAAAUGGAUAUAUGAGGCUUGCCGUAAUAAGCUACAAAAACCAAAACCAACAUCUACCUCUUGUUGGAAAUGUUGGAUUGGCUUGGAGGGUAGAUGCAUUUGAAGGCAACAUUGAGAAUUGUUUUAUUAUGGAUGCAACCAUUCUGGAUGAUUCACAAAAACCAUUUUGGUGUAUUAGUGCUCCAGUCAACAUGAUUCUAUCUCCCAAACCAUCCACUUUGUAUCAAUAUUUGGGACCCAAGUAUUACGUUACUCAUGUGGAUUGCACUGGGAAAGUAUACAUGGAGCUGGUGUGGAUGAAAGAAACAAGUGAAUACUAUGUAGUCAAUCUUAUCCUUUAUUUUAGCACACAGAAAGUUAAUAGCUGGUUUGGCACAAAUUACUGAUGUUUUUUCUUCGUUGUUUAUAGUUUUCUUAAAACUAUUUUUUUGUAAGUUUACUGUUUUGAAAACAUGUUUUGUACUUUGCAAUUUACAAAAGUUCUUUGAACUAAGAAGAAAAGACUUUGUGUUGUUUUGAUUUGAUUUUUGGUGUAAUAAAAAA